AUGCUUAUACGUAAAAGUAGUAGACGCCACUGCUACUUUCUAAUCAACUGGUUAUUGUCAUUUACUGUGAUAAUCCUUCUUAGUAUCAAUUUAUAUGUUACACUUUAUGGCAGUCCAUUUAAAGCGUCCGACGGUAGUGGCAAAUUUCCUAUCGAUGACAAUAUCAACUUAAAAGUAACAACCCAACCAGUACAAAGCAAAAGUUUAAUUAGUCCUUCUAAGAGGACGAAUAAUCACAACCAGAAAAAUCCUCACCCUUCAACGGUACAUUCUUGCAAUAUCCCUUAUGAAUGUAAAGAUAAUGAUUUAGCAUUAAGUAUAACAUCAGGUCCUCGUCAUGAUUCUGCUCGUAUUUGCGUUAAUGGUAAAUAUUACAUCGAUGCAAAAUCGUCUACUCGCGGUUUUAACGUAGUUGUUAUCAAUCCUGCCACAAAGUUAGUCGUUGAUUCACUUGCAUUCGAUAUUUAUGCUGGUCAAAGUGGUGCGCUAGUUGAUUACAUCAACAAAGUCACUCCUGGACAUUUUCUUGCAAUGGCUACGGCCGAUGAUGCUUUCUUUCGUAUAUCUGAAGAGGUAAAACAUGCAAUCGAGCAGCUUGGCAGUGUCACUAUUCACACAUUGAAUUUUAGAAGUAGCUGGGUAUUUGUAGGAAGGAAAGGAAGUAAGGGCGCUACGCUGUUAGAAGAGAUCUCUCAUGGACUUCGGUAUAGGUCUGGAGGUCCUAAAAGCAUUGCAACUUGUAUACCUAUUGAUAUUGAUAUGAAAAUGACCAAUAUAUCAUUUUUUUGCGAGAAUCAUUCAGAGUUUGAUGUACUUUGUAAAAAGAAAACUGUUUUCAUACCGCCCAGAAUAGGAACUGGUCCAGUCAAAGCUUCAGCUAAGCCAGCGUAUAAAUUACCAAUUGCUAUUAUCGCUGGAAAUCGCCCUUUUUACUUACAAAGGUGUCUUGAAUCGUUACUUCGCGUGCCUAAUAUCGAUCGUUCCCUUAUUACAAUCUUCCUCGAUGGCUUUGUAAGGACACCGGCAUGGAUAGCAAAUUUAUACGGAAUUCGUGUCAUUGUAUAUCCAAAAUCGACGACCACUUCCAAAAAAUCGUUGAAAUUACGCAAAUUCGAUCAGAUAGCGGUACAUUAUCGAAGAAGUCUGGGAACACUAUGGGACAUUUACCCACAAAAAUCAUCGACAAUUAUUUUAGAGGAGGACUUGGUUGUUUCACCGGACAUUCUGGAUUACUUCUCUGAAAGUUUACCUUGCUUGAAGGCUGAUAAUAGUAUCUUAACCAUUUCUGCAUGGAAUCCUAAUGGCUAUCGAAGUUCUUCUUUUAAUACAUCUCUUUUGUAUCGAUCAGAUUUUUUUUCGGGAAUGGGAUGGAUUUUAACGCGAAAAUUAUGGAAUGAAAUAGCUCCAAAAUGGCCUUCCUGUUGUCGUGGAGUAAAUUGGGACGACUGGCUGAGAUUAAGCCAGCAACGCCGUGGUCGCGAUACAAUUUAUCCUGACGUGUCACGUAUCUAUCAUAUUGGAGCUGAAGGAGUAAAUAAUGAGAAUUUUCACAAACUACAUUAUAAGAAUCAAAUUUUGAAUACGAUAAUAGGCGCAAAGCUACGGAAUGUAAAUAGUGUUAUAAAGGCAGAAUAUGACAAGGAAAUAGAACGUAUACUCAAGAUUGCUACACCUAUUCGGUAUAGCAGAAGUAAGAAGAAAAAUGUUUGUGGUCCAAGCAUGAUACCCAACACGUCUGGGAAAAAUUAUGCAAUCUAUUUCUAUCAAAGCUCGCUUAAUGACUAUAAGUUUGGAAAGGAGUUGUGCGCUUGUUUUCAAUUAUGGGACUCAGGUGGAAUACGUGGAUUGUAUAGUGGCAUCUUUCGUUUUUAUAAUAAAAAAAAUCAUGUUAUCGCGGUUGGAAGCCUUAGUAAAUUUGCUAAACGCUUUAUGCCCAAAAGAUACUCAAGUGAUUGGUUGUCUGAAACUGCCACUAAAAGUAAAAAGCCAUCGUAA